UGUUUUAUAAGCUAACUCGUACCUAAGAGUAGAAGGUUUGUGCGUUUUACAACACUAGCCUCAUGUGACAGCUGAACGGAGAAAAAUAAUGAUAAGCCAAGUCGGACGAGAGCUUUAUAAGGUGCCGCUUCGCAUUUUAGACCAUAGGGUGUUUGUAAACGGCGAAAUUGAGGCUUUCCUAGAGAACUUCGAGGUGCGGCGCAACGAUAGCGAAGUCGAGAAACUUUUCCAGGUCACCGAAACGGUGGGAUCUCUGAAGUACGAUCUUUCCGAGCGCUGCAUUGCUUCUGGGGCCCAGAAUCUCGCCCAAUUGGACACGGAGGUCAACCAACUGCUGGACGGGGUCAACGCACUUCUGGCGAAAGCGAAAGUAGAACGAAAAGCCAGCCCCCAGUUACAGGAGGCGCGACUGGCACGUGAGCAACGCCGGGCGGAGUUCCUAACCAAUUUGGAGCACGGCUAUCGCCGCAUCGAAAACUCAUUCGAGGAGAAGGAGGAGGAAAUUGCAGAGCUUUACUCGGACCUUCAGCUAAAACUGAACAAGUAG